UCGAAUAACCUCUCCGGUCGUUAUCACGCCGAGUGGAACUGAAAAAAUGAGAAAAUGCCUCCCGGCAGACUUUUGAGUUAUGUCGGGUCCCUGGUUCAAAAUCGGCAAUUUCACGUUAGUGCCCCAGCCAGGCACAUAAUUAAAAUGUCGAGACUCAGGGUGGUGGACAACAGCGAAAUCGGAAAAAAGGCCAUGGUUGAGGGUAAACCACCUAAAGUGAUACACGUCUACACCAAAACAAGUGUCGGAACAGUUGGUGAUAAAGUUCUUGUGGCUAUUAAAGGAGAAAAGAAAAAAGGGAUUUUAGUCGGUGUCAAGAAAUAUCAACCACCGAACAUACCGAAAUUUGAUACAAACAACGUCGUCUUGAUUGAUGACAACGGCACUCCUCUUGGGACACGGAUCCAUGUCCCAAUACCACAUAUCUUGAGAACAAUUUUGAAAGAAAAGACCAUCGCAAAGAAAGCAGAUUAUACCAAAUUGUUGGCUAUAGCGACUAAAUUUGUCUGAUUUUUAUAUCGAAUUUACUAUGUAUUUAUAUUGAUAGUUAAUAUAUAGUUUUGUUUUUACAGUGAA